AUGGCAUCUCAGAUGUACACUUUUGUUACCCGGGACGACAACAGCACUGUUUAUGCAGAAGUUUCCAAAAUCCUCCUGUCGACAGGGCAGUGGAAAAGGCUGAAAAGGGACAACCCUAGAUUCAAUUUGAUGCUCGGUGAACGGAACAGGCUACCAUUUGGACGUCUAGGUCAUGAACCAGGACUGGUGCAGCUGGUGAAUUACUACAGAGGUGCAGACAAGAUUUGCAGAAAGGCAUCCUUGGUCAAGCUAAUAAAGACCAGCCCUGAGCUCUCCGAUUCACCCAACUGGUUCCCUGAAUCCUACAUAAUCUAUCCCACCAACCUCAACACGCCUGUGGCUCCUGCUACAAAUGGUCUCAGCCAUCUGAAGAGCAAUCCCAAAACGGAUGAGCGAGAAGUUUUCUUGGCUUCCUAUCACUCCAAAAAAGAAAGUGGGGAGGGGACAGUGUGGAUAGCCAAGUCAUCUGCUGGAGCUAAAGGUGCUGGUAUUCUAAUCUCUCACGAUGCUAACAAGCUACUGGAGUACAUUGACAAUCAAGGACAGGUUCAUGUCAUUCAAAAAUACCUGGAGAAACCUUUACUUCUACAGCCUGGACAUCGAAAGUUUGACAUCAGGAGUUGGGUCCUUGUGGACCACAACUACAACAUCUAUUUAUAUCGUGAGGGUGUGCUGCGGACAUCCUCUGAGCCGUAUAAUAGCUCCGACCUGCAGGACAUGACCAGCCAUUUGACCAACCAUUGCAUCCAGAAGGAACACUCCCAGAACUACGGUCGCUACGAGGAAGGGAACGAGAUGUUCUUUGACGAGUUUCGUCUGUACCUGCUCAACACUCACAACGUCACGCUGGAGUCCACUAUAUUACCUCAAAUAAAGCAAAUAAUCAAGAGCUGUCUGUCGUGCAUUGAACCAGCAAUCAGCACCAAGCAUCUCUCCUACCAGAGCUUCCAGCUGUUUGGCUUCGACUUCAUGGUGGAUGUGAACUUCAAAGUGUGGCUCAUUGAGAUCAACGGAGCGCCAGCCUGUGCACAGAAGCUGUACCCUGAGUUGUGUCAAGGCAUAGUGGAUGUUGCCAUUUCCACUGUGUUCACCCUGAACAAUAGCGGUGACUCCGCAUCGUCUUCGCCUUAUUCUUCCUCUCCAUCAUCCCUGUUCUCGACCAAUGUUUGCUCCUCACCCAAACUGAGAGGGCCACUUCACAUUGGCCCUUUUACGCGACUUUAA